AUGAAUCUCUGUCAUAGUUCAGUGGCCCAGGAGGUUCGGCCUGGUACCGCCCGGGUUCAGGUGACUGAGCUGAGUGGAUCAGGCUGCAUCAACCCAACUCCCAAUCCUGCUAAACCAUGUGAGGACUGUGACACAGCAGUGGAACUUUAUCUUUCUCCUGAAAGGCUGGAGUUGUUGUGUGGAACUCAGAAUCUUUCUCUUGUCACUUCACUGGAGGUCUGUGUAGACACCCGAGCAAAUAGCCUGGGCAACUUAGGUUCUUACUUGCCUAGAUUAGUGCAGCUGAAAAUGAAUAACAGCGUGAUCACAUCAUUAAGAGACCUGGGAACCACCCUCUCCCACCUGCAGGUGCUGUGGAUGUCUCGCUGCUGCCUACAAGAUCUAGAUGGCAUUACUACUUUCUCUUCGCUUGAGGAGCUCUACCUGGCCUACAACAAUGUGUCCGACCUGAAUCAGAUUAGCAUGCUGGACAAGCUGCAGUUGUUAGAUUUGGAAAGAAACUCUGUGGAUGACCUUGUCCAGGUUCAAUAUCUGGGUUUGUGUCACAAACUCCAUACACUUACCCUGGAGGGAAACCCUGUGUGUACGCAUCCAAACCCUACAUCCUCUAAGGUGGGUGGCUAUAGCUAUCGAGCUGCAGUGAGGGAGUUGGUCCCUCAGUUGCGCUACCUAGAUGAUGUGGACGUUGAUGAGGACGGUUUGGCCUGCUGUAGCGUCACAGGAGAAGACUGGGACAUUCUACAUAACUCUAUUAAGAAAUUGAACUCUUCUGAGGCUGCCGAGUUGGCAGAUAGUGUACACUCCUGCAGCGCACACAGCUCUGCCAGUCGUCCUUUUACCAGCCCCGCAGCUGUCAGGCCUCUUUCAUCUCCAAGCUCCAGACUCACACUGGCAACUGACCCUGGAGUUCUUUCCCCUCCUGGAUCCAGACCUGGUUCUUCAAACUCGGAUCUAACAGUGGAAGAAGAAACCAGCACACUAAUACAUGGAGCUGGCAAGAUCCUGUUUUGUGGAAACCCAGUUCAGGCUAUUCGAGCAAGGCGAGAACAGCUGAAGACAGCACCCACCAGAUCCACUUUGACCCCUCGUGAUCUGCCAAUUUAUGUACCAGAACACACAUAUGACCUCGAGGAGCCUGAUCUUGGAGAACGUGUUGAUGUUUUUGCGGAGCUCAGAGCCUGGAGGGAACAGCAUAGCCGGCGCCUUGAGGUCAUAGAGAAAGAAAGAUCUCCACAGAUCUUGGCUAUUCAUCAUGGAGGUGAAGAUGAAACCGAUGAAGAUGAAGGAGAAGGCUUUGUAGGUAUGAGAACAAACAGCAGUGAUGAAGAUCGAGGAGAGGAGGAACGCUGUGACAGAUUAGAUACUGGCUCACUGGAUUCCUCUUUUCAGUCUCUUUCCCCAGAUCUGUGUCAACAAGAAGGCUUGUCCCCUAACAUGGCUCGACUGGCUCUGUCCUCGGACACCACACCUUCCCUUUCGCCUCCUCGCUGUGUCGCUGCAACUCCCACGAAUAAAAAGUUGUCACAGAUUCGUGCUCGCAGGCUUCAUCUCAGCUCAGAACACUUACCUGUUGUCAGCAGGCAGAGGUGUGUCCGUCAAACACCUGCAGCAGAAGCAGACCUCUCGUCCGAGAGACUCCAACAGUCGGCGAGGACCAACCUGCCUCCGAGGACACCCAUUCCUCACAUACCCCACCCACCUUCAACGAGGGGUUUGCUUGGAGGACCAGUGAAUUCAUGGUAUGAAAUUAAUACUAGGGGGGAUAAGGACUUGUCCAGAUGGCAUAAAUCAUCAAGAACCCUUAACAGACCUGCCAUUUCUCGCCCACACACAGCCAGAGCUGCUCUACAGAAACACCACCACCUUCUCCAACCCUACAGAGGGAGCUCACACCUAGAUUAA